CGGUGUGGUCACACUGCUUGGUGGAUGGUAAGGUGGUCGAAAAAAGUUGUUAAAAGCGCAGAAAAAGCAAUUGUAAUGCAAUUGCUCCAGUGACUGUGAAAAUUACCGCGGAGAUGUCACCGAUUGGAGCCACUUCCUCGCAGCGAAUCCCACAACAAUAACAAAUAACGAAUAACAAAUGAUGUGAUGCAGCAGCAGGGGUCGAGUUCGAAAAACACAACCUUCGAGUAGUCCAGGCCAUCUAGAAUCGCACCCGGAUCGCACCCACGAUGAGCUGGCUGCUGGGCCUCCUCGGGCUCCAGGUCCUGUUCCUCUGGCUCCUGUGGCUGCCCGGCGAGAUCCUGGCCAUUCCCACGCCGCUCAAGCUGCCAGGCUACACCCACAGGCUGACGCCCUACAUCAAGCACUGGGAGGCGGCGAACUUCGAUCGCCAGGUGCUGCAGGCGGCGCAGGUCAGGCACCUGGAGCAGGCUCGCUUCCGGCAGAAGAGAGAGGUGACCCCCUCGGCGAGUGGACUGGCGCACACCAUCCGCUUGAAUUUCUCCGCCCACGACAGAGAUUUCCGCUUGGUGCUGCGUCAACAGCCGCAUUCGGUGUUCGCCCACGAUGUGGAGAUCGAGAACACUCUGGGCCCCAUCGACUACGAUGUGUCGCGCAUUUAUACGGGCAGCCUGGAGGACGACGAGGCGGCCCACGUCCAGGCGAUCCUCACCAGCGACAACCUGUUGGACGGCACGAUAGAGACCCAGGCGGAGCACUACUACAUCGAGCCGGCGCAUCGGUAUUCCCAGCAGCUAGCCGAGAGCGGUGUCCACAGCAUAGUCUAUAAGUUAAGCGAUGUAAAUAUGCAGAAGCAGCAGUUCACCGGCGGAGGACUCAACUCCGCCACUCCCGCCAAGACGCACUGCGCCAGCGAAAAGCUGAGGAAGAAGCGGUGGCUGCCAGAGGAGCUGGCCAUGUCGGAUGCUCCGGCCCCCACGUACAAUCGUAAUCCGCCCCUGCCGCUGGACUUGGAGGUGCCGUACAACGAUGAUUUUCGCGUCCUGGCCUCCGAAGAGGACAAGAGCGAGGAGUCGCCGCGGAAGUACCCGACCACGUCCACAACCAGGAGCACUGUGCGCAGCACCGAGAGCUUCCUGGCCACUCUGACUAAGCCCACGUCGAACCGCAACAUACUUGUAAAUAACUACAAUCCCUCCAAUCUCGGCGAGGGAAGUCGCAGCUACAGCAGCGGCAACAACAACGCCAACAGCAAUAGUAACAACAAUAACAGCAACAACAACAAUAAUAAUAAUAAUAGUAAUAACAAUGUGCGGAAGUUGUACACGAAACACAAGAACAUUAUUGUAAGCACGUACAACCGACCCAUCGAACCGGAAUUCGGAACGCCCUACGAGGAGCCGAAUAACAAUGGCACCCGCGAGCUGCCCAGUAACUUCUUCAAUGCCAACUGGACGACGCUCUUUCUGGGAAACAACAACAAUGGCAACGACCGGCCCAGCCACAAGACGCAUGUGGAGAUCAUCACGAAGAACGGAGCCACCAAGAAGCCAAACAUCAUUGUGAACAACUACAAUCCGGAGAUCAUAUUCGCACCCAAUCCGCACAAUCCGAGUUUUAACAGCAUGAUGAUGACAAACCUGCUGAGUGGAAGGGGUGGCGAGGACAUUCACAGCUCUCCCAGGCUGCUCUACGACCGCAAGACCACUUGCAUGCUAUACCUGCAGGCGGACCACACGUUCUUCCAGAAGAUGGGCUCGGACGAGGCGUCCAUAGAGGCCAUCACUCGGCACGUACAGCGUGCGAACACAAUCUACCGGAACACGGACUUCAACAACGAUGGGAAGCCGGACAACAUCACCUUCAUGAUCAAGCGCAUCAAGGUGCACAACAUGAACGCGAUGAAGGAUCCCAGCUACCGAUUCCCCGGUAACUACGGCGUGGAAAAGUUUCUGGAGCUGUUUUCGGAGGAGGACUACGAUGCCUUUUGUUUGGCUUACAUGUUCACCUACCGUGAUUUCGAGAUGGGAACCUUGGGAUUGGCCUGGACGGGAGAUCUCAAGAACGCUGGCGGAGUCUGCGAAAAGAAUGGUCACUACCGGGGGUCCCUUAAGUCACUCAAUACAGGAAUAGUCACUCUGUUGAACUAUGGAAAGCAUGUGCCACCGGCUGUCUCCCACGUGACUUUGGCCCACGAAAUUGGACACAACUUUGGAUCACCACACGAUCCGGAGCAGUGUACGCCUGGUGGCGAGGAUGGUAACUUCAUUAUGUUUGCCCGCGCCACUUCGGGCGACAAGAAGAACAACAAUAAGUUCAGCACCUGCUCGCUGAAAUCAAUAGAGCCCGUGCUGAAUGCCAAGGCGCGUUCCAUGAAGGGCUGCUUCACCGAGCCGCAGUCAUCGAUUUGCGGCAAUGGCGUGGUGGAGCCGGGCGAGCAGUGCGACUGCGGCUGGGAGGAGGACUGCAAGGACUCGUGCUGCUUUCCCAUGUCAAGGCAACCGCGUCUGGAUGAAACUCCGUGCACGCUGACGCCGCAUGCCCGCUGCAGUCCUUCGCAAGGUCCCUGCUGCACCACCGAUUGCAAGCUGAAGUUCGGUGACAAGUGUCGGGAUGAUAACGGCUGUCGGGAUCCUUCAUUCUGUGAUGGGCGAGUGCCCCAGUGUCCGCCGUCGGUGAACAAGCCCAACAAAACCAUCUGCAACAAGGAAUUCGUCUGCUACAUGGGCGACUGUACGGGUAGCAUCUGCUUGGCCUAUGGUCUGGAAUCGUGCCAGUGCAUUCCCGGACCGCAGGACGAUCGGAUCAAGUCAUGCGAGCUGUGUUGCAAGCUGCCGGGAGAGGACAGUCCCUGCCGGAGUUCCUUCGAAUGGAAUGAGGCGCCCUUCGAUGUGCCCGAUAUGUACUCAAAGCCUGGAACGCCCUGCAAUGAUUAUAAUGGAUACUGUGAUGUCUUUCAAAAGUGCAGGGAGGUGGAUCCCUCUGGACCACUGGCCACGUUGCGCAAGCUCCUGCUUUCCGAAGAGAGCAUCGCCAGCUUUAAGAAGUGGAUGCAGCACAACUGGUACACAGUAGCCUUAGCUGCUGUAGGCGUUAUACUGCUCCUGUUUAUGAGACUUCUCACGCAAAUGUUAAGGGAUCAGGUCGAAGCCAAAGCGGAAGCAACGGCUCAGACCUUGGGCGCUGAGCACAAAGCUGCUGGCGAAACGGUCGAAUCUGAAGCUUAAAUCCGUCACCAUUAUACACAGCGCCACCACGGAGACAGUGCGUCUUCCGGAGAACAACAACGGCGUGAUAGUGCAUACAGCCGUGAGGACAAAGGUACCUUUCAAGAAGAAGGUUCGUGGCGAACGAACCAAGAAGCCAGGAACGGGAGCGGGAGUAACAGCCGCUGCUGCAGUUGGAACCCGAAAUGCAGCCAAAAGCAGUGCCAAUCCGGAGCCAAAGAAGACCACUAGGAGCCAAGCGAUGGCCAAGAAGAAAUCGUUCGAGGAGGAGCCCAAGAAGUCCAGCAAGAAGGUGGGCAAACACAUGAAAGAGAUCAUCGACUAUUCAAACCGCAACAACAAUGGCGACGAUGCUUCCAAUUUGUCGACCACCAACAACCACACCAACACUUUUGGCAAGGUGCAAAAGUGGCUGCUCGAGUCGCCAAUUGUGGCUCAACCCCUGUCCCACAUAGAGCACAGCUCUCGAGUUCGCAAGGUGAUGAGCAAGUCGCAAUCAACGCCAGAGAGACUGGUGCAAAAGACACCGCAGAAAACCAAGUCCAUGGGUAAUCUGUCCAACGAGAAGGUCAAACUGCAGGUGGUUUACAAGCCGCCCUUCAAGUUUUCCCUGAGAUUGUCCAAGAAACCGAAAGUGAAGACCCAUGUGGUGGGCGCAGGUGUAAGGCCAAAGAGAAGCCAAAAGACCAGUAACCGAACUGGGGGACAGUCCUCCUCGAAGGAAGUCUCUACGCGCGCCAAGAGAAGUGCCCUUUUGCUCUGCAACGAGGCGGAGGACGAUAACCAGAUUCUCACCCUCAACGAACCCAACUACGAGACCUUGAAACCACCAACGCCUCCACGUUCCAUGGAACACUGCUACGAGAAUGUGGAUAUGCAGGCAGAGGCCUCCAGUUCGAAGCCCAGCAGUAGCAGCAAAGUGGCUCCUAGCUCACAGAACAGAGCCAGCUUAGAGGUGACUCCUCCAGUUACUGCGCAGCGAAAUUCCUAUCGCAGGUCUAACUCCCUGUCCACCCACAAUCCAUUUGCGGCCGCUCCUCGCCGGAGCAGCAGCAAGGCCAGCGGAUCGGUGAACCUCACGCGGAACUUUGGCAGCACGCAAAAUCUGAUUAAUCUCAGUCAAAAUCUGUCCAAAAACAAGAAGCGCAGCAGUCUGAACCUGAAGGCUAGCGGUAGUGGAGCCACCAGAAGCGGGAAAGAUCCACCAACUAUGGGAGUUGCCUCGCCACAGAGACGCUCCUCGUCCAAUGCCAAUCUCCGCAGGGACAGCAGCGUGUCCUCCUCAAAGGCAGUGCCUGUUCCGCCCACAAGGAACUCGCGGAAUAGCUUUAGCAAUAUUCCUAGGGCCAGUUUGGGAGGAGCAAACAGCAAUGCCGCCGUUAGCACUGGAGCACCUCCGCCCAGUUUCUCUCGCCAAUCUUCCAGCAGCACGGCCACCAGCAGCUCAUCCAUCACUGCAGGCGUAACCAGCGGAGUGGCGUUGCAGCAAUCCGCCUCCACAAGCGCCAUGCAGCGUCACCCGCCCUCGCAGCCCACGAGGAGAAGCCUCCACAACUUCAGGACGCGCUCCACAGGCACAGGGGCUGCAGCUGGAAAGCCAGGAGCAGCAGUCACUUCUGCAGCAGCAACCUCUGCAGGAGCCUCAUCUGCAGCAGCAUCGAACGAGAACAACGAGCUGCCUUCGGAUCUGGAGGUGGUUGUGUCCGAUGUGGAGAACUUGGUUAGCUAAGGGCAGCUCUCCCGUUCCAGUUUCCAAAACCAACCAAGUGAAAGUGAUAAGUCUUAAUGUUAGUUAUACAAAUUGUCGCAUAGGUUUACUUGCAUAACACUGCCUUAAACUUGCCGUUUCUGCUGAAAAUGUGAAAUACCACGCCCACUCACACGAACAGACACUCCACCGCAUUCCACACGCCCAUUAAUCCCCGACCAAGGCUCGCCCCAGCACCUCGAAUGCAUCGACACCCACUAGGGCACCCAAUCCCCACCCACUGAUGCCACCGCAAUCCAAACCGCAGCCGCACUCACCGCACUUUGUACCUUCUACUGUUUACUGUUUGCAUUCUAUUGCGUAAACUGAAAUUUAGCCAGUCUGUAUAUGUAGUUCCGGUUUCCGGAUUUGAUUGAACUUGGCGGAAGUUGAUACAUACAUAUAUGUAUGUAUGCAUCCUUCCUACAUUGAUCGGAUUACGAACUGGAAACGGGGCAAAUGCUCGUGAUUCACUGACGAUUUCUUCUUAUCGAACCAAAACUUUAAUGAGCUUUACGUAAAGUCAAAGUCGCAUUUCACAGAUACUCCAUUUCAGAAGCCGCCAUAAGAAGAAACCCGAAGUGAAUUACCUGAUUAUAUGCCCACUCUUUGUGUUUGCCUGAACUUGGUCUAUACUCUAUAUCGAUAGUUAUUUUCAAAAACAGUAUUACUGCAUUGUUAUGUACCUACUAUACACGUAAAUUGCCUAAGUUGCCUGCUCUUCAAGUUUCGAACAACGAUCACUAUUCAUCUGAACUACGACGACACACAAAACAAUAUAAGGUGCUAUUUUAGUAAGGAACUAAAACGAUAAAAUAUUAGCCGAGAACAUUUCAAAAAUACUUUGCAUAUUUUCUGAAGAUCAAAACUAAGAUUAGAGAGGAAUAGGGGAAUAAAGGAUUAGAGGAAGUUGGAGGUUGCUGUAGCAGGAGGAGUAGCAUAUAGGAAAAUAUAAAUGGGGAGCCGGGUAAAGUUGCAAAUAGCUGUACGGAUUAGAUUACAAAGAUAACCAACGAUACUGUCAAUAAAUCAAAAGCAUCAUGCAUCGAAAGUAGGUCUUAGAGAACUCCCAGCCAGCCACAUAGGAAGUUAGCCACCCGAACACCGACACUUAUCCACCCGAUCCCCGCGAGCACGGCACCUGUACACACGCAUCGAUCCCGUAGCAGCCUGUAGUGUACAUAGGAUAUCGAAUGGACAUAGUUUUUAUAUGCAAUCCAGUUAGAGCAAUGAAAGCAAACAAUAAGGAGACACCCAACACCUAUCGAUAUUCAUAACGCGUAGGAUAUAGAGUCACAUUCCGCAGUUAGACACCAACACCCAGCAAUAAGGAUCUUAGGCUAAGAGGACAUCAAUUGAUAUUUGUAGCUAUAUGAACGUGUAGGAAAUCAAAGGCGUAUCAAGAGUAUAUACAUACAUCCAUGUGGGGCGUGCAAUAGCCAUUGCAACUGUACGAGCAUUUGGGUAUAUUUUUGUGGAAUAUACAAACAAGAUACAAGAUACAAGAUAGCAGCCAAAAGCUCAGCUCAAGCGAACCAGGACCCCGACCCAUGACCCAAAAAAAAACCGACCCAGAGUAUCGUAUAUAGACAAACAGACAGACAGUUAACGCGUUGGCCAGUGAAGAAACCGGAAACGGAAAUAGUUAAAACGAGUACGCGACAAUCGCUUUGAAAUGCUUAACAUAAUGAGAAAUACUGAUAAACCCAAAGUCGAAGAGACGUCUAGUUUCUACCUUGUCUUGACAACAUAUUUCAAUACGAAACUAUACAAAAUAUGGCAGGCAAAAGAUUGAAACUAACCAAAAAGAUAAACACUAGGAAACACAAAAUGCACCGGAGCGGGAAUAUGUUGCACCUUGAGAUACUUGAGCUCAAACUGAAAGGAUCAAACGUAAGGAACACGUACUCCCAUCCUGGGCAUUUCCAAAGGACACAUUUUAUUAUCCAGUGUAUUGAAGAGACGAAUUUUGCCAAUGUUUGUGUGUACUGUAUAUACUUAAAUGCAAAUGAUUAUUGUCUAAGCGAAUGGAGCGGAGUAUUUUGAGCGUGACAAAAAGACUAUUUAGCGCGAAAAGAACAAUUUUUGUGUAUUGUACAUAAGAAACCGAUUGAUUUUAAUCUAAAUAUACAUAAAUAUUAAUGUAAUUGUAAAACUGCAACCGAUUUUUAAAUCUGUAUGUGUAUUGUGUACCUCAAUUGUAAUUAAUUUUUAUACUUUUCACGAGAUGGAUUAAUGCUAUUUUUAUAAUUUAGCUAAAUGAAUUAUAAACACGUAUGUACGUCUCCCGACUCCCCACGAAACCAUCGUCUACCCCUAGUUAAUGGCCAGUUUUAAAUGUUGCCCAAGACCGCAUCACCCAUCCAAGAACCUAAAUGAAUAAUAUGUAAUUUUGUCAAUUAAGAAAAGAACGCGUAAAUGUCUUUAAGAAAUCGAAUGAAACACAAACGAAAUUAAGUGUAUCGAACAAAACAAAAACCGAAGAGCAAAGAAGUGAAUACUAGAAUUUUACGAUUAACAUUUUUAAAGACGAGCGAACAACAAGCACAUGUGUGACAAUUCAGUUGUACUUUAUGUUACGAUUACUACAAUACAUUAUUUAUUAAUCUUAUCGUUAGGCAAUAACACGAGUGUAACUAAUUUUUAACCCAAACACACACAUAUGCGAUACUUUAU